UUCAAAAGUUUCAUCAGACUUCUACUGUUUUUAUAUCUGUUUCACUUUGACUUGUGUAAUAAUGAGGUAUUUAAAUUUCACAGCCAUGAAGUCCUCAACAGGUUUAGAUCAAAUCUGAAGAAGAAGUUUGAGUGUCUGUAUGAGGGAACAGCACAGCAGGGAAACCCAACACUCCUGAAUGAGAUCUACACAGAGCUCUACAUCACAGAGAGUGAGAGUGGAGAGAUCAGUAAUGAGCAUGAGGUGAGACAGAUUGAGACACAAUCCAGGAGAGCAGCAACAGAGGACACACCGAUCCAAUGCAAUGACAUCUUUAGACCUUUACCUGGACAAGACAAACCCAUCAGAUCUGUGCUGACAAAGGGAGUCGCUGGCAUUGGAAAAACAGUCUCUGUGCAGAAGUUCAUCCUGGACUGGGCUGAAGGGAAAGAGAAUCAGGACGUCCAGCUCAUAUUUCCACUUCCUUUCAGAGAGAUCAAUUUGAUGAAGGACAAAACACUCAGUCUUUCAGAUCUUCUUCAUGUCUUUUUCCCAGAAACAAAAGAAAUGGAAAUAUCCAGUGACAAAUAUAAAGUGUUGUUCAUCUUUGAUGGUCUGGACGAGUGUCGUCUGUCUCUGGAUUUUCAGAGCGAUGUGAGGUUGUGUGAUGUAAGUGAAUCAGCCUCAGUGGACGUGCUGCUGACGAACCUCAUUGUGGGGAAUCUGCUUCCCUCUGCUCUCAUCUGGAUCACCUCCAGACCAGCAGCAGCUGAUCUCGUCCCCUCUGAGUGUGUCCAUCGAGUGACAGAGGUACGAGGCUUCAAUGAGCCACAGAAGGAGGAAUACUUCAGGAAGAGAAUCAGUGAUCAGAGUCUGGCCAAUACAAUCAUCUCACACCUGAAGUCAUCAAGGAGCCUCUACAUCAUGUGCCACAUCCCAGUGUUCUGCUGGAUCUCAGCCGCUGUUCUAGAGAAGAUGUUGAGCAAAGCAGAAAGUGGAGAGAUUCCCAAGACUCUCACUCAAAUGUACACACACUUCCUGAUCCUUCAGACCAACAUCAAACAUGAGAAGGACUAUGAGAAGAAUGUGACAGAUGAAGACAUGAUCCUCAAACUGGGAAAAGUGGCUUUUCAGCAGCUUGUGAAAGGCAAUGUGAUCUUCUAUGAGGAAGACCUGAGAGAGUGUGGCAUUGAUGUGACAGAAGCAUCAGUGUACUCAGGAUUGUGCACUCAGAUCUUCAGAGAGGAGUUUGGCUGGUAUCAGGGGAAAGUCUUCAGCUUUGUUCAUCUGAGCAUUCAGGAACAUCUAGCGGCUCUAUAUGUGCAUCUCUCAUAUACAAACAACAACAUAAAUGUGUUUGACCAAAUCACCAAACAGAGAUUGCAGUCUAAAGUUAGGGAUGGGUGUAAAUUCAAUUCAUCAGAACAUGUUUCAUUAUCUGAGCUGCAUCAGAGAGCUGUGAAAAAGGCUCUGAAGAGUAAAAAUGGACAUCUGGACCUUUUCCUGCGGUUUCUUCUGGGUCUGUCAGUGAAGUCUCAUCAGUUUCUCCUACAAGGACUAAUGAAACAGAAAAGAAGCAGAUCUGACAGCAAUGAGAAAACAGUUAAGUACAUUAAGAUGAAGAUCAGGACCAUUGACUCUCCAGAGAAAUCCAUCAAUCUGUUCCACUGUCUGAAUGAACUGGGUGAUCAUUCACUAGUGGAGGAAAUACAACAGUAUCUGAAAUCUGGGAGACUAAAGGAAGCCAAACUCUCUUCAUCUCAGUGGUCAGCUGUAGUUUUUGUGUUGCUGACUUCAGAGGAGAAGCUGGAUGAGUUUGAUAUUAAUACAUUUGUUGGAGGAAACAAUAAAACUACAAAACUAAAAGUUUUUCAGAAGCUGCUGCCCGUGAUUAAAGAAUUCAGAUCAGUUCAGUUGAAUAGUUGUGAGAUCACAGAUGAAGGUUGUGCUGCUCUGACUUCAGCUCUGAGAUCAAACCCCUCACACCUGAGAAUACUGGAUCUGUCAUGGAAUAAAAUAGGAAAAUCAGUGAAUCUGCUGUCUGAUGUACUACAGGAUCCUCACUGUAAACUGGAGAAACUGUGGUUGAGUAAUUGUGGAGUCACAGAUGAAGGUUGUGCUGCUCUGAUUUCAGCUCUGAGAUCAAACCCCUCACACCUGAGAGAACUGAGUCUGUCUCAGAAUGAAUUAGGAGAUUCAGUGAAGCUUCUCUCUGCUGUACUGGCGAAUCCUCACUGUAAAUUGGAAAUACUGAGGUUGAGAGAUUGUGAUCUCACAGAUGAAGGUUGUGCUGCUCUGACUUCAGCUCUGAGAUCAAACCCCUCACACCUGAGAGAACUGAGUCUGUCUGGGAAUAUAAUAGGAAAAUCAGUGAAUCUGCUGUCUGAUGUACUACAAGAUCCUCACUGUAAACUGGAGAUAUUGUGGUUGUACGAUUGUGGUGUCACAGAUGAAGGUUGUGCUGCUCUGGUUUCAGCUCUGAGAUCAAACCCCUCAUACCUGAGAGAACUGAGUCUGUCAUUGAAUAAAAUUGGAAAAUCAGUGAAUCUGCUGUCUGAUGUACUACAGGAUCCUCACUGUAAACUGGAGAAACUGUGGUUGAAGGAUUGUGGAGUCACAGAUGAAGGUUGUGGUGGUCUGACUUCAGCUCUGAGAUCAAACCCCUCACACCUGAGAGAACUGGAUUUGUCUGUGAAUAUACUAGGACAAUCAGGAGUGAAGUUGCUCUCUGAUCUGAAGGAUGAUCCACAUUAUAACCUGAAGGAACUAAAAUAUUGACUCUCAGUAUUUAGACGUCAGUCCAGUUUCCUCAGGAUCAGCUGAUGGUGAAUAAGGAGCUACAGAGACUGAAGACACAGAGACACACAGCGAUCACACUGACAUGAGUGUGUGACUUCACACCAGUUUCUUGUUUAAUAGUAAUGCUCAUGAAAGUGAGUGCUGAAAAUAGCAACUUUGAAUUGUUUCAGAUUUGUUAGAUAGUGAUUACAAUGUAGAUGGUGUAACAUACAUGCCAAACGAUUAAAGCAA